AUGUUGGUUUGCUUUGAGGUACAUGAUACAAAAGCACAAGAGGAUCCACUCUACAAGGAGAUCCCAGGAGGUGUCAGUGUCACAGCCAAUCCAAUGCAUAAUAGGAGGAGGAUGCCACUACAAUUAGUGAAUAAGAAAAACCUCAGAAUUGGCGUUCCACCGGAAUUUGAAUCAAAUCGAGUUUUUCAAGUGAAGCAUGAUGCUGAAACUAAUUCAGUAGUCAUUUCAGGGUUUUGUGCAGACGUGUUCCAAACUGCCUUCAGUGCAUUAGGUCUCAACGUAUCCCUUCAAUUUAUUCCAUUUAAGGAUGCAUAUCAAAACUACAACAAUCUUAUACAUCAAGUCUAUACUGGGGAAUUUGAUGCUGCAGUUGGAGAUAUAACAAUCACAGCUAACAGGUCUCGAUACGUUGACUUUACAUUACCAUUCACGGAUCUUGGCAUUGGACUGCUGUCUCGAAAUGAUGAUGUAAGCAUGUGGAUCUUUAUGAAACCGCUGAGUUCAGAUCUGUGGCUUGUGUCUGCUUGUUUCUUUAUAUUACUCGGUUUUGUCAUUUGGAUCCUUGAACAUCGGACGAAUGAAGAGUUUCAAGGCUCGCCAUCAGAACAGAUUGGAACAACCUUAUGGUUUGCCUUUUCAACCCUUGUUUAUGCUCAUAGGCAGAAGUUGAAGAGUAAUUUGUCAAGAUUUGUGGUAAGUGUGUGGUUGUUUGUAGUGCUGGUACUUGCUUCAAGCUACACUGCAUCAUUGAGUUCACUAUUGACCAUUGAACAAAUUCGGUUAGCAUCAAAGGGAGACUCAAUUGGUUACCAUGAUGGUCCCUUUGCGGAGGGAUACAUUGUUAGUAACUUGAAUUUUAAAGAUACCAGUUUGAGGCCAUAUUCUACAACAUCAGAAUAUGCUAAAGCUUUGUCUCGUGGGAGCAAGAACAAUGGUGUUGAUGCAAUUGUUGAUGAAAUUCCUUACCUAAAGGAAUUCCUUGCACUGUAUCCAUCUGGCUACUCCAUGGUCGUGUCUAAAAUGACUACUAAUGGUUUUGGCUUUGCAUUCCCGCGAGGUUCACCUUUGGUCCCUGAGUUAUCAAGACAGAUUUCCAGACUACGAGAAGAUGGGACCUUAGCAAAGUUGGAGAGUAAGUGGUUGAAAUCAGAUCCACAGUCAAAGGAUUUUGAGCCUGUACUGAAGAUCCUAAACCUAAAAGCGUGUCGUGGUCUUUUUCUUAUAAGCGGGGUUUCAAUGGCUGUGGCCCUUCUCAUAUUCUUGCUUUAUUUUAUUCAUGAGAAACUGCAUUUCACCUACACAAUGCUGGCUGGAGGAACGCUUGCAUUCAUAAUGAGGAUUCUCAACCCUAAAACUGGUGGUUGAAAGAAGAUGAUACCAAUAACAAAUACAACCAUGCCAUUCAUUAUGUCACUAUUUAUUUGUUGGACUACUACACUUUGUUACCCCCUUCCUUUCUAGGAUCACACUCAUAUGAUCAUUGUUAGAUAUUUCACCAAACUACUUUCUGGUGUAGUUUUUUUGGUAUUUGGAGUAUUAAUUUAUCGACAUUUGAUAAACCUGUUUUUUUCCUUUGCUUUUCCUAAUGGCUUGUUAAUGUUGGGUUUAAUCCAGAUUCUAUG